AUGGCCGUCGCACGCUCCAUGCGCCGUACGAGUCCGAUCAGCAUUGUGCUGGCCGCCGUGCUUGCAUUUGGCUUCAUUAUCUUCGUGCUGUCUCCGUCCUCGUCGUCCGUCUCCGCAUCCGCAUCCGCAACUUCGUCUCAACAGCGCCAGGACGACGCAGCCGAGCAUCCGCUCUCGCCCCCUACAAAACCUUUCUUGAAAGACCAGCGUCUUCGCAGUGAUGGUCUACGGGCAGCUCCUCCGGUCGUGCACUACAACCUGAAUAAUCUGACUAGCUCGAAUAAUGCGCUCGCCAAUCGCGAGCGAAUCCUCAUUCUCACUCCCUUGGCGCGCUUUUAUCCAGAAUACUGGGAGAACUUGGUGCAAUUGAACUACCCGCAUGAACUGAUCUCACUGGGCUUCAUCGCGCCGAAAACCAAGGACGGUAAUGCGGCGGUCUCCGCACUGGAACAAGCGAUUCAAGUCACGCAAACGGGUCCCGUUGACAACCGCUUCGCCAGCAUCUCCAUCCUUCGCCAGGACUUCGAACCGCCCUUGCAUUCACAGGAUGAGAAAGUCCGACAUCAAUUGUCGUCACAGAAGGAACGACGAGAAUCCAUGAGUCGCGCCCGGAAUAGUCUCCUCUUCACUACCAUCGGACCGAGUACAUCCUGGGUGCUCUGGCUCGACGGAGAUAUCGUCGAAACACCCGCUUCACUGAUUCAAGAUCUCACGUCGCACAAUCAGCCCGUCAUCGUUCCCAACUGCUACCAGCGAUACUACGACACCAAAGCCAAGAAAUGGGACGUCCGUCCCUACGACUAUAACUCGUGGAUCGAUAGUGAUCAAGCGCAAAACCUCGGCGCCCAGAUGGGACCCGACGAGAUCCUGCUCGAGGGCUACGCCGAACUACCCACCUACCGCACUCUGAUGGCCUACCUGGCCAACCUGAACUCGUUGGAUCCUCGUCGCAUGAUCGAGCUCGAUGGCGUGGGUGGAACCGCACUGAUGGUCAAGGCGGAUGUACAUCGCGACGGGGCCAUGUUUCCGGCUUUUCCCUUUUACCAUCUCGUUGAAACGGAAGGGUUUGCCAAGAUGGCGAAACGUCUGGGAUAUACGGUUGCAGGUUUGCCGGACUACUUUGUAUACCAUUACAACGAGUAG